AUGUGCGAUAAGGAAGUCGGUACCGAACUUUUUAAAAGUUGUUUUGCGCGUAGCGUUGCGGUGAAUUCGCAAUACAAUAAAGUUGUUGCUAAAAACGAGGAAGUUGCGAAAAAAAGUACUGAUGAUAAUAAUUGUGAAGAAACUAGGGACAAUUUUACUAAUAAUGGACUCGAUUUGAAUCGGUCCCUGGAUUCGCCGGUACGUUACAGAAAGAACAAUCGCAGUACAAUCAUGGACGAUUCCAGAAGAUUCUCAUGCGGUAGCAUCGUAUAUAGACGCUCUUCCAUUACCUCCAAUCCCAAAAGAAACGAAAUACCAGUCGAAAACAUCUACAACCAAAACAAAAUUGACACCCUCCAAUGGCAACUAAAAGAGACUGAAAAAAGCCGCGUCAUGUAUAAAGCAGUCCUGAAACAAAUCAUGACGUUUCUGGAAAAGGCCCAUGUCAGCUUGGAACAUUUAAACACCCGCAACAAUUCCAAAACUAAUGACCAAUCAUGGACCCCAUCAAAAAAGCCCUCAGAAAAUAACCCAGAAGAAAUCCCUCCAGACAAAUUAUCCCAAGAAGCUUUCAGGCUUCUGAGAACAGCCGAGUCACUUUUGAACACUCAAGAGCCUAAUUUGACUUGCCCAGAAGCCUCGGACGAUGUUGAAUUUCUAGCUCAACUAGCUAAAGAAUUCCCUUCAAGUCAAAAGCCUCAAAGGACUACAAGUUUUAGUGUCAGCCCGAAGCUAAUUUCACCUGAACAUGAUUCAGUUAAAAUUUCAAAGGCUUUUAAUAGGAAACUUUCUUUGCAGCUGAGUGAAAUUAAACGUAGAAAUGCAGCUGAAAGUGAGUGUUUUUCAUUGCAACCACAAGUGGAAAAGGCUUCAACCUCUCCUGCAACUGCUAGUAUCAGUUCCAUGGAAGACGAAAGCGGAUUUAGUUCUUUGAAUUCUUUUCAAGAAAUUGGAUUGCCUUUAGUUAACUCAACCGCCAUUGAAGAUGUUUCUGCAAGAAGUGUUCUUCUCAAAAGCAUGCUUCACAAUGACUCAUCUGAGCUUCAAGAAUCUACUUUAACUUCUAAAUAUAUGAAAAAAUAUAGCGAUAAGACAGAAGACAGUAGUGACGUGAAACUUUGGCAAAAACCAGAAUUAAAUGUUGAAGUUGGUCAUAAAAGAUGGAAUUCGACGCCUGAAAGGAAAAGAGAUAGUCAGAGUUUGAAGGUUUUGUGGGUCUAA